CUUAUGACCGAUAAUCAUUAGACAACUGAGAUAAGACUGACAACAUAAUCUCCAAAUAGAAAUUACAAUCCUAUGAAUUCAUCAAUAUAAUUCAUUCCAGAUCUUACCCAAGAAAAUCAAACAGAUUAGGUUCCUUUGCCUUAAAAAGAAACCAUAAAAAAGGGGAUUCUAAAAACAUUUUACUAUGAAGUACAUAAUUGUUCAAAUAUUUUAGGAUAUUAAAAGGAAAAAGAUAAUUGGAUGCAAUAUUUAUGUGAAUGAAAUGAAUGAAUAAUAAUUGUAACUAUCUAAGCGUGGAAGUAUUGAAAUCGUUAUUUCUUAGAGUAAUGCAGGAUUUGUAUGGCUGACGAAGAAACUUCCAGAUUCAUAACUCCUUGUGCUUGCAAAGGAACUUUAAUGUUUGUUCAUGAAGAAUGUCUAAAAUUGUGGAUAUUAUAAAAGAAUGGUAUUGAAGACGUAUUCAAAGAUAAAGUAAUUUGUUUAUAAAAUAUAAAUAGGUUAAAUGCGAAUUAUGUUCCUAUAGAUUUAGAAUGAGAAUGUCGAUCGUUAACAGAGUUAAUUUAAAGAGAAUCUCUGAAGUACCAUCUCAUUAGAAGAUUUGUUGGUUAGUUUAUUUGUUUGUUAUUAUUUCCCUGUUAAGCGGAUUUGUUGGUAUUAUCCCUACCUAUCAUAGCCUUAUAUAUGGAAUACAAAUUAAACAAUAUAGGAGUGGAUGCCGUGAUGACCCUAAUCUUAGUUUUGUCCUUAAUAUUGUUUGUCUAUUUUUUGGCUAGCAUUUUAACUUCUCUGUAGAUUGAAAUGAUUGAAAAUUGGACUCUUUGUCCAUAUAAACCUAGAAGAGAUACUAAGUAAGGCAGCUUUUUUUAGUUAUAAUCUCAUAUGGGACACAGCAUAUCUGGAAGUCCUUUAGCAAGGAGGAGAACUGUUUAAUUAUAAACCUGUCCACCUCAAAUUACAAGUCUUUAAGUGAUUUAAAUCAACCAAUUAAUGACAAGUGCUAAUCUUUCAGAACAAUGA